AACAGAUUGUCCCUCGUCAGUUGCCGUUGAUGGGCGAACAAAGUGCGAUAGAAACACAACAACAGCUGCAUACAGUACAAAAUGCACAAUAAUUGUAGUGUCCGACUGCAAUCAAGUGCACAUAUUUACGGACAAAUUAGGGGAUAAUUUUUGUCAGCCUGUCAGUUUUCUAUCUGAAGGUGUCAGGAGCGGUAAAUACACUGGCGAAGGACACAGACCCAGUGAUCGUGCUGUACUGUGUGAUGGAGUCAUGGGUGAGAUUCAGCGCGCAGAGUCAAGCCAAAGAACGCGUGUUCAGAAAUAAGAACUAAGAAGCAUGCGUUGUUUACAGCAAAGGAAAAACCCACGAAAAGAAGGCUGCUCAGUACACCUGCACACUGCUGGGAUACACGCUGCAGAAAGGAGGCGCAAGUGCAGAACUCCUGAGCACCAUUAAACAGCUGGAAUCUCACAUGAGUCUAACCAGAAAACUAAUGCGGUUGGGAAACUCUGCAGAAGCUCUGGAGGCAGCUAAACGUACUGUGCAUCUAUCAGACUGUGUGCUGCGUCUUUGCAUUACGGUGGCACAUUUAAACAAAGCGAUGUAUUUCGCCUGUGAUAAUGUGCUGUGGGCUGGUAAAACAGGGCUGCUGCCUGAGCUGGACCAAAACAAAUGGAGUCAGCGGUCGUUUAGGUACUAUUUGUUUGCACUUAUCCUCAGCCUAACCCGAGAUGCCUAUGAAAUCCACCUGCUGAUGGAGAGAGAGUCCCGUAGCAGUUCAGCUAAAAGCUUUAACUCCAGUGCUUCCCCCCGUACUCCCACCCCAGAAAACGGAGAGUUUCCUCUCACCCCCUCUCCUUCCUCAGCCCUGUCUCCACUACCCCCCCUCCCGCUGCUCUCCGCCAGACUCAACAAGCAGCUUCGCCUGAUGCUCACGGUCCUGCGCAACAACCCUCCGCUGCUUCUGGACCUCCUGAAAAACCUGUGUGACGUGUUCAUUCCACUGGACCGGCUGGGUUUGUACCCCACCGGGCCGGGCUUUGUGGGGGCAUGUGGCCUCACUUCCUCCGUCCUGUCCAUUCUGACUAUAGUACACCCAUGGCUCAAACUCAAGCCCUGAGCAACAUGUCUAGAACUACAUAUUCUAUUGGUGUACAUCUUACAGGAAGCUGUCUUGAGUUUUCUUGAGAUAGUGGAAAGAAGAAAAGGCUUCAUUCCAGUUUAAUUGCACGUUUGACAGCACAUAAUCUUCUGUAUGUGUGGAACAAACUAAACACAAGAGAUGGUGUUGUCUGAUUAAAACAAAAAGGUAUUUCUAAUACAAGACUUGAAAUAAUUUGUCUGAAAAUGCUUUUCUGGCUUCAUCUGAAACUGUUUUCAUGCUACCCCAGGUAAUGGUGUCAUUUUCUGUAUAGUGGUGUUCUAUGAGUUAAAGCAGCAUCACUAAUGCUUGAUGCAGGUUUAAAAAAAUUAAGCCAUCUAUAUGUAACUGUAUUUUAGAACUACAUUGUGAUUGAUUUAAUGUCAAUGCUAUGCAUCACUGGGCUUACUGAAUGUUGAAUCUGUAAAUCUAAUUUUUGAAAUAAACAAUGCUUUCAAUUUUA